UUUAAGAUCUCUGUCAAGCCACCACUGACAGUUCUAUUUGGAAUUGUUAAAGCAACUAAUCCUUCAUUAUAUAAUUAACUAUUCCUCUGUGAUUACCAGAAGACAGAGCUUCCUCCAGUGGAAAGGUGAAACACUACUCACCUAUACCCACUGAAUAAGGGGUCUAAUGCAUUCUUAAAAGUUAGAGAAGGUAAGCUUGACUCUGAAAAAUUGUACAAGGCUUUGUAUAAAGCCCUCCAAGUUGAUAAACAAAAUAUUGCGGAAAUGUGUAGCAAAACUGAUCCAUCUUAGAAGUUAUUCACAAUAAGGGUGUAUUUUGUCUUAAUUUAAAAAAAAAAAAAAAAUCUAUUUUCCUAACAAUAUGUGUCAGUAUCUGAGGUGAGGAUGGGGUUGUGUUGUUAUCGUUGUUGUCCUACUUUUUUUCUUUCCUGCACACAAACAUCUGUGAGUGUUCAUGUUAUGUACAAUGAAAGUCAAUUGUCCAAGCAGUCACUGACUCCUGAAAAACAUUGUUUAAGACCUGCCCUACCCACAAAAUACAAUUAUUAUAUAAAGAAAAGUUUAUUAAGAUACGAAGACAAAACAAAAAUCAAUACAUUACUAAAUUACAAGCAGUACAGAUCGCGUUAACGAGUUACGGUAUUUCCCGCGUGGAGUGCGGGACGGCGGACGUGAUGUGUUGUGUAUGCUCUGUUACCUCCUGUCCGCUCUGCGGCUCUGCACACGCACCAAAUAUAUAUUACGUUGCUAUUUAUCAACUGAAGACCAGACCAUGAAAAUGUCAUGGAAAUUAAAUGAUAACCGUCAAACAAGGCUAGGAGCCAGGAGGUGGCAUGUAGAUGUGUUCAGGUGUUCGUAUGAUUAACAGCGAAAUGGCGAAAUAUCGAAAUUUGACUACGUCUGACCAAAUGAGGUGGAUCUGGUCGACCAGCUGGGAAGAGUACAUUUAAGUAUUUAACAUGUCAUUUUAUAUUAUCAGUAUACGGCGCUAACCUACCUGGAUAUUGUCACUUACACGUCUUUGGACCGGGACUCCAGGCAUGAAGUCUGGGGCAGAUUGGACAAUUGAUCUGUGAGUUAUGAUAACUUGUGUUGAAUGGGGGCGCUAUCGAGACGUUUUUAUCACGUCUAUUCACAAUACCCAUAAAACAUGUAAACGUUUAUUACGUCUGAUGUAUCUGCAAAGUUUGAUGACAUUCAUUUACAUGUAAAUAAUAAUAUAAAAAAUAAUAACAAUAAAUAGCGAUUAGCCUAAUUAAAGUCCUCGCAUCCUUCGGUGAUCGGGCACUAGCCUAGUUUAUAUAUUACUAACAGAACCAGAGCAAAGAGUAUAAUGAGUGCAACUGUUGUCAUGUGCAGCCUGAAUGACUGAAGCAGCCAGGCUGUGUAAUGCUAGUUGCUAACAGCUUGCCAGACAAUGUUUUUUUGUAUCGCAGGCGUUGCGUGAUAUUUUAAAUAUUUUUGAAUAUUCGAUGUUUUCGAGGAACCAUUUUCCUGUGGCGUAACGUACGUAUGUACGCUGACACCACAACUGUCCCGGGAGGCGAGCGUAAUAAUAACGGCAGACCAGCGACAGGCCGCAAAUGGAACCAGGGACCUCGCGUGAAAAUCCGAGCGGUGCGGGAUGCCCUAAUCCGUCCGGUGAGCGGGAGGAAACCCCGGGGGAAGAGACGAAAGGCGGAGAGGGGAGCACCGUCAUGUUGAAGCGGAGAGGAGUGACACAGGACACCGAGGAGGAGGUGAAACCGCACUGGCAGGUUGAUGGAGAUGCUGAGAACCAGAUUAAGACCGCAGAGGAAGAGGAUGCCGCCAAAUACGAGGAGGAAUUGGACCCAAGAAUUCAGGAGGAGCUGGAGCAUCUCAACCAGGCCAGUGAUGAGAUCAACAAGCUGGAGCUGCAGUUGGAUGAUGCCAGGUCCAGCUACAGGAGGAUUCUAACUGAUUCUGCCAGGAAGCUCAAUGCUCAGGGCUCCCAGCUUGGUGCCUGCAUUGAGAAAGCAAGGCCCUAUUAUGAAGCUCGCAGACUCGCCAAAGAGGCCCAACAGGAGACCCAGAAGGCAGCUCUGAGAUAUGAGAGGGCUGUAUCCAUGCACACUGCUGCCAGAGAGAUGGUGUAUGUGGCAGAACAGGGCCUCUUGGCUGACAGGAACACCAUGGACCCAACCUGGCAGGAGAUGCUUAAUCAUGCCACCGCCAAGGUGAAUGAAGCGGAGGAGGAGCGCCUCCACAGUGAGCGGGAGCACCAGCGAGUCACACAGCUAUGCCAGGAUGCAGAGGCUCGAGUUCAGACCCUCCAGAAAGCCCUGAAGAAGGUCAUCCUCAAGUCCAAACCGUACUUUGAACUCAAGGCUCAAUUCAAUCACAUUCUGGAGGAACAUAAGGCUAAAGUAGUGCAGCUGGAGGAACAGGUGGCUAAAGUAAAAACACGUUACUCUGUGGCCUUGCGGAACCUGGAGCAGAUCAGCGAGCAGAUCCACGCACAGAGGGGGCGAAUCAGGGCCACCAGGGGGCGUCCUGCAGUCUGUGGGGGGCGGAGCUCCCCUGUAGGUGCCGAGGCUGAGGUCAAAGCUGCCAUUGGGAUUCGUGUUAGUAGUUGCAUGGCAGUUGGCGGGAUAGAGACCGACUGGGCGGACGGCGAGAAAACUAGACUGUGGGUGGAGAGGCACAGAGAGAGUGGCUGGGGCCAGAGGGAGCGGCUGGAGGCAGAGCAGGCCAGCUCAGACUGCAUGUCAGUCAUCAGCCUGCAGACCAUCGCCUCUGACCUGGAAAAGUGUGACUCUGUGGAGCACCUGGGUGACCUAAGUGAUGCCGGGAGCGUGCUUGUUGAGGAGUGGGACCGCAACACGAAGCAGAAUGAGAGGCCAGUCGACAGGGAGGUGGUGACCCAGGGGCCACAGCAGUGGGCCCACCAGGAGAAGGGAAUGGUCAGAGAAGAGAAGCAGGAGAGCUUUGUCAAGCAGCACUACAGAAGUGUUAGUCUAUGAUAGUCAGCAGGAGGAGGAAGCUGAUGAGCGAUGAUGAGUGAGGAUCAUAGAGAGUGUAUGAUGAGGGGGUCAGAGAGGAAUUCAGAGGGGAGAGAGAAAGUCCCCUGGGACAGAGGUGGUAGACAAGCUGGUAGGAAUGUGAAAUGGAAGAGUUGACAAUGAAUGACACAGUCUGCACUGACACUGCAGUUAGGAAUGGCAGGGAGGGUUGGCAGGUACAUUGACUGCACCCUAAUGAAUCUCUGUGUGAAAACAAUAAAGUGAGAGAGCAGUCCUGCAGAGAGCACUGACCUCUCCUCACACUUUGUAGCAUCUGAUCCAGGCUAUUGCUCCACACACUGAAAUGUCAAUGAAUGUACAUGAAGCAAACAGCAGGCUGAGGAAAACUAAUAGAGUAAAAACAGGCAAUUUAGAAACAAUACAAAGACAUGCAUGUAUUUCAUUCAUGCAUCUGGUUUUCCAGUGUCCGGACCAUUUUUUAAAAAGUUGCUCCCUGCUUUGACAUGGUGCCUGUAUGUUUUUUUUUUUUUGCUUUAGGAGAUGAGACAAAUAUGCUUGUUUAAAGGGUAAACCAAGUUUGUGAUAACUGGAUUUAUUUUUGUCUGGCUGUUGUUUCUAUCAGUUAUAAGAUUACAUUAAACAAGUGUUGAAAUAUGAGAACACAGUAAUAUUGUUUAUAAAAAGUUCAACAUGGCAAGAAACAUGCAGCCAGACAGGGUGUAAACAAGCCAACACUAUCCAGAUUAAACUAAACCACCUUGUUUGGUGGUCAAAGUGUAAGUGAGUUCAACUGAAAUAUCACUAAUAAUCCUACACAGUAAAACUGCGUGCAUGUUGUGGUGUAUAUGGUAGGUCAAGUUAAGGCAGCAGUUGCCCUGUAAACUGUAAUGGAGGUUUUUGCAAAAAACAUUUGAGGUAAUGAUUUCCAGACCUGCAGAAUACACCGAUCAGCCACAACAGUAAAACCACUGACACAUGAAAUAAAUAACAUUGAUCAUCUCAGUUCAGUCCAGUGUUCUGCUGGGAAACCUUGGGUCCUAGGAUUCAUACAGAUGUUAUAUGUGCCACCCACCUAAACAUUGUUUUAGACCAAACACACAUCCCCAUGGCAACAACGCUCCCCAAUGUCAGGGGCCUUCCCAGCAAGAUAGUGCUCCCACUACACCACAAAAACUGCUCAAAAGUGUUUUAAGGAACACAACAAAGAGCCCAAGGUGUUGACCUGGCCUCCAGACUUCCCACAUUCCAAUCUGUGGGAUGGUUGGAUCCAUGGAGGCCCCACCCACAGGGUGCCCUGGUGGGGCAUGGACAAAAUUUAUAAGAGACACUACAUUUUAAGCAUCAUCUUGUUGACCCCUAAAUGAUGAAAUAUAAAGUUUGAAAGGUACAGGCAUUAUCUUCAGUCACAAUACAAGUAUUUUUUUUAUUUGAGAUACUUUAGCUUAAUAUUACUAUUCCGUUGCCUUAUAAAGUGACUGUAGCCAUAUGACCUCAGCUUGCAGUUUAUUAGGUACGCCUAGCUCAAACCAACGCUGUGUAAUAUAACAGUUCUGUAAUAAAUUCCCCUUAAUGAAGGUUAUGUUUAUAUUGAAACUGUUUUCAAGUUUUUGGAUUGUGUUGUGUUACAUGGACAAGUGUCUCUAUUAUUUUGUCCAUACAUCUCUCUGUAUAAUGCAGUACAGCUCAACAACUCCACAAACUACAUCCUCCAAAAAUCAUCAUACAGUAGAAUCAACACCUUCAUGCAGGUUGAAUUUAUUGUGGGACUUUUGCAGUAGACUGCUUUAGUUUUUGCAGGGUGUACCUAACAAACUUCCAACUGAGUAUAAAUAUGUACUGAUGAGAUCAUUAACUAACUGCAGUUUGAUGGAAGUAUUGAUUAACCAUCAGCAGUAGCUGUCACUAAAAUGGACUUGGCCUUAAAAUAUACACAGAGCUUCUUUGUUGGCCUUAACUGAUCUGGUUUUCUGAUUUACUUAGAGCAAAACUGAAAUAGUUUGCUCAGCUGAAUAUGUAACUGAUAGACUCUGCAAGAGUCAAGCUUAAUCCUAGAUCUUUCCAUGAAAACUCUAUUUACUUAUUGACUGUAUGUAUCAGCCCUGUGGUGGACUGGCAGCCUCUCCACGGUGUACCCCAUCUGUCCCCCAGCAUCAGCUGGGAUCGGUUCCAGUGACCCUCACAGAAUAAGCAGAAUAGAUAAUAAAUGGAUGGAUGGAAAUGCUCCAACUAUCAAUUAAGACAAAAGAUGGAUGUCACAUUAUUAGUCUACAGACAGUCUACCUCAGCUGGAGAGAACUAAUGGUCUGUGGUUUUCAGGAAUAUCUGAGGUUGAUUGAAGCUGUGUGACUUCAAAGGUAGUGUUUGUCACUGAUGAUAGUUGAUAUUUUGUAUGCAUAUGUCAGUCCCAUGUUAAACAGGAAAUGUUAAGAGUGUUUCUCAGAGAAUAUCAGAAUAUCAGUUUCAUGUCUGAAAUGGUUUCUGGACAGUCAGGCUACCUGUUUUUUUUUUCCCCCACAAAGCUGUACUGUGAUUUCUUUGAAGUGGUUUUGCACUACCGCAGCAUGUUUGCACUUGAUUUCAUUGUUAGAGCGUAUUUAAUGACUUCUUUCUAAACCAUGGUAAACAACUGUAAAAAAUGUUGUAUUAACUGUUCAAAGUGAAUGUCAUAUUUCAGGAGAAACAUGUGUAUGAUACAGCUGAGCAUCUUAUUAAACAUACAAACAUUACUA